UCAGAAUUUUUCAUAUUGACGAAUAUGAAAUGCACUCAGUUCUUGAUAUCGUAAUAUUAAGUUUAUUACUUGGCAAACAAAUAUUAUAUUCUCAUGUGUUCGUUUUACCAAAUUUAUUUCCAUUUUGUUCCAACAUUAGUUACUGCCAUGAAGAUUGCUUAUGUGAAAACUACCAGAACUGCAGUGUUCUAUUGAUGGACGAUUCCAUAAGGAGUUCAAUGUUAUAUUAUCAUAAUCAAAUAAGGGAACAGAUGGCCCAAUAUCAACCACAACCUAGUGGGAUGACUUUAUUGAAAUACGACAAAUCUUUAGAACAAAUUUCUGAAUGUUGGGCUUCAAAAUGUCUCAAUGAAUAUUCUGAUUGUUUUCUAACCCAUAACUACUCUUCUACCUCUCAAUCGAUUAUACAAAUUAUUUUGGGAAGAGGACAAACUCCAGAACUAAUAACUUGGAUGCAAGAACUCAAUAAUAUGGUUCGAGACAUGGAGUUAGUGAAAAUUCAUAGAUUUUCUCAUAACUUAGCUCAGAUCGUUAGUGAUCGUGUACUAUCUGUAGGUUGUGCUUGGAGUGUGUCGUCUAACAGACGUCUGACUUUUGUAUGUACUUAUGGUCCAAGUGGUGGGAAAGAAGAGGACCUUGUUUACAAAACAGGACCUAUUUGUUCAAUGUGUCCAGAAAAGUAUGCUUGUGAUAACAUGGAACCUUUCCCUAAAUUAUGCAAGCCGAUAUUAAAACAAACAAGAUUAACAACAAUACAGAAAGAGAUAGAAUCUACAUUAACACCAAUUACAGUACAAAGUACUGAAGGAGUUGUAUUACCAGAAAAGCCUGAUUUACAUUCUGCCCCUCUUCCAUAUAUUCCUCUUUCAGUUAUUGAAUCAUCAACCUUAUUUAAACUACCGCAAAAAAGAUCGAAUGAUAAUAAGGAUAAGGAAGGAAGUGAGAAAUCACACAAAGAUGGGUUGAUAGUUGGUGUUAUGGUUACAUUGUUGAUUCUAGCACUUAUUUGUGCCAUUUCUGCUGUUUGUAUUUUUACUCAUGGAUUUGGAUGUCGUAGGUAUAAAUAAAAUAUAUAGAAGAAUUUCAGCUCGUCAUUAUUUUAAUGGUAUAACCAAGAUGCAAAUAAUACAUGGUGUAGAAAAUAAGGCGAAUGUUUAUAUGAAACACAUUUUGUUGAUAUUUUAUUUCCUCAAUUUUUAACAUGUAGUGAGAUUCAAAUGUUAAUCGGUAGAUUAUUAUUACUGGUUGUUAAGAUAAAUAGAACUGUUAGUGAAUUACUUACUGUUCAGCGAACUGUAAGUGAGAAUGACGAAAUAUUCAUUGGAAUAAUUCACAAACAGUUUGAAUUUAAUUCAUUUGAUAUUGCAAGUGAGAGUACAAUUUGCUGAUGGAAUACCGCUGGCCUGAGAAGUAGCUGAAUUCGCAGAAACUGCUGCUGAAUUCAACAUUUGUCUUUUAAAUUCGCUACAUUCCGUAGUAUGAAAUAUUUUCUCAGCAAAGCGGAGUUAAUUAU